AUGGCCGAGGUGGUGUAUCCUGAGUGUUUCGACGACUUGUUCAUCGUGGAGGAGACGCAGAAACGCGAUGCAGAGGAGCCAGCGCAAGACCCGACAUUCCCCCUCCUAGAGCUCCCUGGUCCAGCCUUCGACGCCGUCCUGCGCUUUCUGUGGUACCGCGACAAGAUCCGGCUCGGCGCGACCUCCUCCGCGGUCAUGGCGCGCGUCCUGGGCAGCGGGUCGCGCCACCGCUGGCACGGACGGUCCAGCGCAUCCAUCGACGUACUGCGCCGCAUCGCGGCGGCGGCGCGCACGGCCCCGCUGACGCCCGCAGCGGCGGGCGAGGUCGCGCUGCACGGCGCCGCGGUGCGCCUCACCGAUGUGCAGCCGUUCUGCGACGUCCUCGACGGAGCGUCGCCGGCCGCGGGCGUUGCGCCGCGGCCGUCAAUCGCACAAGAGCUCGCGACGCACGGGCUGGCGGACCGCCUGGUGCGACUCGACGUGCGCGGCAGCAAGAUCACGCACCUCCCGGAGGAUCUCCGCGGCCUGUUGGAGCUCGACGUGUCCGGGUGCAACCGCCUGGCGGCGGACUUCUUGCCGGAGACGUCUGGGGCGUGCGUCAGGGUGCUGGCCGCGGAGCGCUCGGCGCUGCACGCGGUCCCCGCGCACGUGGCCCCCACCGAGCUGCUCGUCGCCGGGUGCCAGCACCUCUCGCCGGACGCCGUGGUGCCGCCUGAGUCAUCAAAACACCUCCGGAAACUCGACGCGACGGGCUCGAACGUCUUCCGCGUCCCCGAGGGCCUGCGCGCGCUCGAGCACCUCCGCCUGUCGCGCUGCUGGAAGCUCGCGGCCGUCGACUUCCUCCCGCGCUCGUCCACUGACAACAUCGUGGUCCUUGACGUCAGCGAGACGCCCGUGCAGCGCCUCCCCGAGGGCCUGUCGCGCCUCGCGGACCUCAGUCUCGCCCUCUGCGACGACCUCGCGCCGGAUUCCUACCUCCCGGCCUCGUCGCGCGCCGCCGUGCGUUGCCUGAAUCUCGACGGCUCCACCGCCGCGUGCGUGCCCGGCGACAUGCCGGCGCUGGAGCAGAUCGACGCGGUGGGCUGUCGGGACCUCAGGACGGACACGUGGCUCGCGGAGUCGAGCGUGCGGUGCGUGAGGACCAUCGCCGCGACGAUGUCGACGAUCGCCCGCGUGCCGCCGGGGGCGGCGGCGCUGGAGCGGCUCACCGUGGACAACUGCGCGGGGCUGGACCCGGAGCGCUGGCUGCCGGAGAGCAGCGCGCGCAGGAUCAAUGUGCUGUCCGCCAACGAGUCGCCCAUCGCGCGCCUGCCGCCAAAUAUGGAAUGUCUCGAGGAGCUCCACGUCCAGUACUGCGAGAACCUGACUCAGGACGACUGGUUCCUCCCGGAGAGCAGCGCGAGCAACAUCAGGAUGCUGUUCGCCACGGAGUCGGCGGUGCGGCGGCUGCCGCCGGGGAUGCGCAGGCUGGAGCACCUGGACGUGACGAACUGCUGGGACCUCGACGAGGACGGCGACUGGCUCCCGGCGUCCAGUCGAGGCAGUCUGCAACACGUGUACUUGCCUUAUGUCCCCGAGUCAGGGCUAGUCUGA